AAGAGUGAGAGAAGUAAAUUACAUACUAAAACAACUUGAAGUUGAUUUCACUCUCGAAAGGCGGUAUGUUUGGGGACCGUCGUCUCACAACAGUUUGGACUAUGGCGUGUAUAGGAUCGGGAAGACUCUGUGCUCGUGUGGAGAAAUUGUGCCAGCUGGGACACAACUUACAAGCAAGAAGAAAAGCAUCAUUUGUGAAAUUUAAAGAACUUAAUCUUCAUCAGAAUGCGAGGAUUUUACCCGAGAGCUGCCAGGCGGGGCGGCGCGCGCCUGGCUACAGCAGGCACUGUCGCGCCAUCAGCUCCAUGCGCACCCAGCAGCCCGGCUCCCAGCCGCAGCCGCAGUCAGUCGACCCCUACGUCCUGCUGUACGACGACCUCAAGCACAUCUACGAGGACAUCCGAGAGGAGCUGCAGAAGAACACGAAGAUACCCGAACUGCAGUCGAUAGCCACGUAUUACUUCGGCGGCCAGGGGAAGGCGCUGCGCCCCAUGGUGGCCAUCCUGAUGGCCCGGGCCAUCAACUACCACCUGUACAAGGAGAACAGCCUGCUGGCGCCGCAGCGGCAGGUCGCCAUGAUCUCGGAGAUGAUCCACUCUGCCUCGCUGAUCCACGACGACGUGAUCGACCAGUCGGACAUCCGGCGCGGCAAGCCCAGCGUCAACGCGCUCUGGAACCACAAGAAGGUGGCCAUGGCGGGCGACUUCAUCCUCGCGGUGGCGUCCAUGAUGAUCGCGCGGUUGCGGAACAAUGACGUCACGCUCACCCUCAGCCAGGUGGUCACGGACCUGGUGCAAGGAGAGUUCAUGCAGCUCGGCUCCAAGGAGACGGAGAACGAGAGGUUCGCCCACUACCUCACCAAGACCUACCGCAAGACAGCCAGCCUGAUCGCCAACUCCGUCAAGGCGACGGCGAUGCUGGCCGGCGCGGACGACGCCCUGGCAGAGGUGGUGUUCCAGUACGGCCGCAACGUGGGGCUGGCCUUCCAGCUGGUGGACGACCUGCUGGACUUCGUGUCCUCCUCGGACGCCAUGGGCAAGCCCACGGCCGCGGACCUCAAGCUGGGGCUGGCCACGGCGCCCGUGCUCUUCGCCUGCGAGAAGUACCCGGAGCUGAACCCCAUGAUCAUGAGGCGGUUCCAAGAGCCGGGCGACGUGGAGCGGGCCUUCGAGCUCGUGCACAAGUCUCAGGGGCUGGAGCAGACGCGGUUCCUGGCGCGCAACCACUGCAUCGAGGCCGUGCGACACGCCAGCUCCCUCGUCGAGUCGCCCUACCAGAAGGGCCUGACCGUCAUCACGGACCUGGUGCUCAACCGCAUGAAGUAGCACCUGCAGCAUAGCCGUGCCUGCACGCACGCACGUGGUACGCCCUCACUAGCCGUGACGUUCUGCCCCAGCUGACGGUCGCGUCUUUGCGCCGACGUGUCACGUGGAAUGCACAAGCGCUCGUAGCAGUGCGUCUCCUUUAGUUUCCACGCCCACGAAUGAUGAAAUAAUUAUUUUAGUUUCUAUUAAUUUGCAGUACUGGAAAUAUUUUUUUAUCAAUUGAGUGAUGCUGCACAAAAUGACGGCUUGUUUAGCUGGGGCUGGAAACACACGCAUGCAUCUCGAUGCAUCGUUGUAUUCUGACAAAUGCUCAAACAUCAUCCAUGUUGUCAGUAUUCUUUCAUCAUCAUCAUCAUCAUCAUCAUCAUCAUCAUCAUCAUCAUCAUCAUCAUCUUCAUCUUAUUUCAUUUCGUUUAGAGGCAUUAAAAGAAACAAUAUCCGGCCAUAGAGCGGUUCGUACUUCGGCGAUUGUUGGCCCCAGUGAUGAAGUGUCUAUGCUCUGAGGAUCAUCCAGUCUGUAGUUCAGCUCACCAGACGUCAUGCUCUGGAAAAGUUUUGAAAAUACUUUGGCUGGGUUUGAAAAAUGUAAGCUGGAGUUAGUGUAGAGGUUGACAAUCCAUGAUUGAUUUUGGACAGAUGUCACAUACGCAGCCACAAAGCAAAUGGUGUUUAAAUAAUGUAUGUAUUAUUGAGUUAGUUUUAAUGUUUUAGCUGGGUACAUUACCAUUUAUAAAGUUGACAACAUUUCCAAAUGAUCUGGUAACUCGGUUACCGGCUGUGAAAAUGGUUGUGAUGUUCUGAGUUGUGGCAGGGAGAAAUAAUUAUGGUCAAGGAGAAUGAUGGGUAAUUGUAUUUAAGGUGGAAGUGAAAUGUUACAACUCUUGUGAAUUUAGUAUCUUAUUCGAGCUACAAAGGCAGUGAAACUUAAAAAAGACAGUGUUUACGGAAGGGUUUUAUACCAGCUGCUGAUGUGAGAGCCAACAUUUCAGACUUCCCCAAAAUGCAAUACAAGAACAGUGCAUGAGAAGCAACGUGUAACACUGCCUGUUGGAGCAUGUUUAGUUGUGUAACUCUUCCAGCGAGUACCUGUGGGAAAAGACACAGUUUUUUUUUGUGUUGGGCAUUCUGAAAAAAAUAAGUAAAUAUUAUAAUUUUAAUUUGCAAUACAUAGUGUUACCAUGCUGUCUUGUUAGAAAUGACGUGCCUUAACAGUUAUCACCGUUCGAGAACACGACAAGCUCUUGUGAUGUGAUGAACCUUUACCGUUGCAAAUACUUCUCUCUUCCUCUCUCAGUGUUUAUAAACCAAGUAUAAAAAACAGUAUUUGUGAGCAAGAAUGUGUACAACCCAUUUUGUGCAUGGCCGCAGAGUAUACCAGCAGAUAACCCCAUGAACUUGUGUACAGUGACACUCUUAAUAAUCUAAGGUUUGCGCUUUUGGGCAUGUUACACAAAUCUGAUUUUUCUCAAGUCUAAAUUCGACCAAAUUUUAAACCUAUUUAUGUAAAAAUUGUUUAUUUAGCUACUUGUAUUUGGUUAAGUUGUGUGUGCAUCCCUGGCGUAAUGAAUAAUUAGUUAAGUUUAUGAGUUUGCCGAUUUUAGUGAAACGUUGCACCUCGAAUCAGCCUUGUAGGCGGAGGCAAUGUGACCUUGGUCUGUUGCAACUGAAAUGGAAAUGAAACUUACGCUAUCCACAUGUAACAUGGGUAGGCAUGUUCUUAGUUACACUAUAUUAAAUUGUAGAAAUAAAUACCUAUAAAUGUCAAAUUACAUGAAAAAUGGUAUGCAGCACCACAUAGACUGCAUACAGUACGAUAUAUACGUUGUGCCCUUCUUAUAAGUUAAUGAGACAUUUUGUAUCAAUUAAAUGAUAACACUUCAUCUAGAUGUCUUUACUUUGGAAUCAAACCUUAUCAGUGGAAAUAACACAGUUGAGCGACCUCAACAUCUUAUCCCUGCAAGAGGAACCCAGGAAUAUAUAUCACUUUGAACAGUGUUACAGGGAAAUUGUGUAUGGUAUACAUGUGGUGAAAAAGGCAUAAUCUCACUAAUUGAAAUAUAAAUUAAAUUAAAUAUACUUCAGUUGUGUUCAUUGAGAAUGAUGCUACUUUUACGGACUCUUAUUUUUUUUAAAAAAUCAAGGUCUCACAAAAUAAAUGCAGGUAGGGUACGUACUAGUAAACAAACAGUCUGCUAUGAAGUAUAAACAGUAGGUACCACACUUAAUCUUAACAGUACCACAAAAAAUUAUCCAAGUGUUAUAUGUAUAUGUAUAACUCAUCUUGUUUAGUAAUUUCCAGAAAUAUAUAAAUUUAUAGUGUAAACAAAUUAUGUUCAAAAAUUAACUCACACCAGUGUAUUUAACAAAAUACCACUUAACAGUAAUGCAAAUUCUUUACACCACAAUUAAGCACAAGUGUUCUGAAUAUUGUUUUAAGAUUCAACGAAACACAUAAUAGUUUAAUGAGAACGCACAAAUUUAUAGUGCUGAAAUAAUCUUGUGUUUAUUGUACAUAAACAACAAACUGUCAGAUAUGGUGAAUAUCUGAAUGCAUCAACCUGGUAAAAGAAAAUAACUGUACUGUUUAUUUACUGUAAAACAUUUAUAAUUGCAUGUGGCAUAGUGUCAGAUCUGAUAUUUGUGACAGUUUGUGCAAUUUUUUUUAUAUAUAUUUAUAUUUAUGUCCAACAAAAAUAAUCCACAUAAUUAAUUUGUAUGGUUGUUGCAUACAUUUUAUGAAUGUAUCAUUUAUCAUGUGUAUAUAGACCAUGAACUAUAGCUCUCAUAGUAAAAUAAUUAAUGAUUAUGUAUAUAUUGUAUAGAUUUUAUUUUAUUGAGUGUACAGUAUACAUACAUUGUUAAUAGGUGCUAUACUUGUUUCAGAAUAGUGAAGUAUGCUAUGCCACAUUUUACUCUUUUCAAGUUUGAAAUGUGAAAAGAAAUGUCUUCUGUAAUCAAAAUAUAAAAUUAUAGAAUUUAUUGUAAAUUGGUUGUGUUUUAGGGAAAUCGUAACUGAAAUGUUUUGUAUAGAGUGUUGUACUCAUUUUAAACAAAAAAAAAAAAAUAUUUAUAUUGUAUUUUCAUUAAGAGUAUUUUAAUGAUGUUUUAAAAUAUGCUCUUCUGAAAACAUUUUUAACAGACAAGUAUUAUUUUUAUGUCUUUGUAGAGGAUUGUAAUGACAAGAGUUACUCAACUUUGUUAACAUAAAAACAAAUAUUUUUGUAUUAAAAUUAAUUUAACGGGUGUUAUAAAUCAAUGUGCAUUAUUAUUUGGACAAGCUUCAAGAAGAACAUUUCUGCGGUAUUUUCUUUUUAAACAAGUGUGAUUAUUUUAAAAGCAUGAUUUGGUUGAAGCAAAUAAAAUGACAAGUGUAAGUUCUCACAGCAGUAAAAUGUAUAUUUUGAAUGCUUUAGGUUCCUGUGUCUGGCCUCACGUGUUUGCAUGUUCUUGCAAUAACGUUGUACAAGGUUGAACAGUGUGUUCGCAACUGAUAGCCUAUGUGCUCCCAGAGAAGGGAACAGUACAGCCCUCACCAAGUGAAUCAUUCUCUUAAACACAUUACUGACUGAAGCUGUACAGCAGGGCCCCCACAUGGCCGGUGCUACCGUUGCUAUGGCAAAAAAAACUUAAAACAAAAAAGUAGACAAUUUUAAAUAAAUCAUAGAAAACAGUUAAACAGUAAGGCCUAAAUUUUGUUACCGAUGAAAUAUUACACCAGAGUAAUAUGAUUCGGAAUAUGCUGUGCGUACAGAACGUGUCUGAAUCUACAACUGUGAGUAACAAAACCACUGUCAAUUGACGUGACACCAUGUUGACAGUGCAGAACACUUAGGUACACUCAUUGAUUUGCCAUUAUUCAAAAUAAAUUUACGUUGACAAUCGAAACACUGACUUCAAAC